UACAAUCCUGCUCAGUACCAAACUAGCCAGCACACGAUGAGCUUCGAGUACAGUGAAAUUACAGAUCCCAUUUAUCUUGCGACUCGGCAGGAACGCAACGAGCCAAACUAUGUCCUAGUGAGGCCUACGGAUUGCUCCAAGAUUCCCAUCCGGGAUUCUAGCUGGAAGCCGAAACCAAGCUGUCUUACAGAAGCUUUCAAAUCGCUUGACAACGAUUUACGAAAGCUGGAGAUUCUUCCGGACGAUGUUUGGGUGGCGUCGUAUCCGAAAAGUGGAACUACCUGGUGCCAGGAGAUGGUUUGGCUGAUCUGCAACGACUUGAACUACGAACGAGCAGCGGAAGUCGAUUUGAUGCAGCGAUUUCCUUCCAUAAGCAUAAGCGGACUCUUUAGUCACCCCGGUAAGCAUCGUCCUUUCAAAACAGUUCGGGAAAUGCCCUUACCACGGUUCAUAAAGACUCACGUGCCCGUGGGACUUCUUCCGGAAGCAAUUUGGACUGUAAAACCAAAGAUUGUGUACGUCCAUCGGAAUCCCAAAUCGGUCGCAGUGUCCUUCUAUCAUCAUUCAGCUUCGUUCACCGGAUACAAGGGAACGCUGGAGGAUUUCACCCGCUCAUUCAUGCGAGACCUUCAGCUCUACUCUCCCUACCAUGAGCACGUUAUCGAGUACAACCAGCUGAGUCACCUUGAUAACGUGCUAGUUUUAAAGUAUGAAGAUAUGAAGCAGGACUUACUUCCAGUUCUAAGAAGAGUUUGCAAAUUUUUCAACAAGUGCUACAGCGACGAGCAGUUGGCAACUUUGUCCAAACAUCUAUCCUUCGAAUCAAUGAAGGACAAUCCGGCGGUUAACUUUAGCCGAAUGGUGGAUCCGCGAACCGGUUUCAGGAUACCUUCAAUGGAUGCUCUUCCAGAGAAUAAACGAUUCAUGCGCAAAGGAAAAGCAGACAGUUACAAGGAGGAACUUUCACUGGAACUGCAAAAAGAGAUCGAAGAAUGGACUCAUGAUAAGGUUAAAUCCCCGGAACAACUUAAACUAUUCCUGUAAUCCUAGGAUAUUCAAAAUAAUUCAACAAAAAUCAUAAAAGUGUUUAACUUUAACUGAGUUAGUUAUUAGAUAUAAGCAUGGAUAUUUUACAAAUUUGUAUUAUUUUGUGUACCAAUAUCCAAUCGGACUGAUCGGGUCGUUGCAUUUCUCAGUGGGUGGUAGCGUUCAUAACUCGUCCAACGAAGAAUAUACAGGUUUCCAUCAUCAAGGAUUACUGACCAGUCUGAGUGUAAUAACCAGAAUUACUAGAAAUAUGUCACGGAUUACUUUUGAUUUCCCAAAAUUACUUGAAAUUACCAGAAACCACUCGGAAUUACACAAAAUUAAAAUUAAAGGUUUCCAUACAAAGUCCUUUAAAUAACCGAGUCUGGACUGAAUAAUAUUUACUUGUUUACCAACAG